AUGAAUGGCGAAUUCACCAGGGGUGCGAAGCUGAAGUCCGACGGCGCCCUGUUCGUGGUGCAGGUCGAUGCCGAUGUCGUCAGCUGGCGCUCUGAGGUGUUUGCCGAGCAGGACUCGCACGCGAUCGUGGACCUGGAUGCGAUUGAGGCCCCGGUGGUGAUCAAGGGCCUCGAAAUGCUCCAGGACCUGGAGGUGAGCGCCGUCAUCAUCGACUACCUGGAGGUGAACGGCGUGAACUGCGAGUGCCUGAAGGUGACCGACAUGUUUUGCGAGUGCAUGGAGGUGACCGUCCCGACCUUCGUGUGCACGGAGGUGUCCGUCGGCAUCUACGAGUGCAUGGAGGUACCCAUCGACAUGGUCGAGUGCGAGAAAGUGAUGGACGUGAUCCUAGGCCUGGAGGUGACCAUCGUGAUCUUCGUGUGCCUGGAAAUGGCCAUCAAUGUUCUCGCGUGCUCAGAGAUGACCGUCGUCAAUGUCGUGCGCCUGGGAAUGAUCGUGCACAUGGUGGACCGCAGCCUGGACCUCCCCAGCUCCCUGAUGAAGUUGGAGGUGACAGCCGUCGGCUUCGGGUGCGUGGAGGUGGCCGUCGUCCUUUUCGCGAGCCUGGAGUUCGUCAGCUCCGAGUGCCUGGAGGUGACCGUCGUGAUCUUCGUGUGGCUGGAGUUGACCGCCGUCUUUGUCGGAUGCCUGGAGGCGCCCGUGCCGUAG